AUGGCACAGGCGACACGAUUACGAAGCUUCACGUUUCGAACAAUUCCGAGCGAGCGGGAUACACUUGAACUCAACUACCUUCAUCUUGCAAGACUGGCUGAAGCAGCGUCCAACCUUCAGUCAAUCACUGUGGUCAACCUCUCCAUGAAAAGUCAACUCCCAGACGACGCACAGUUCCCUGAGAUGGGGCAACUCAAAUCCUUGAUACUUCACGACGUAGAUUUCGGCGAUGCGGUACUGAAAACAAUCCUACGAAGUACCCCGAAACUCGAGGAGCUGCAGGUCGGGUUCAUCCUGUUCGGCAGUUAUACCGAUACUGGUUUCGCCGAAGCACUAUCCUACGUUUCUAAUACACUAGUCUCACUCAGGAUACAACGGGUCGGGCGAAGGUCCCACGUGGAAGGCUACGAACUAGAAACAUUAUUGCCCAAAUUCACGAGGCUCCGGUCUUUUACCUAUUUGCAGAAGCAAUGGGACAGCCCAAUGUUCUAUGGACCGAGCUAA